AGCAUUAUCGAGUCUUCCGUCUUCUUUCUUCACCAUGAUUUCUUCCUUCUUUUUACUUCCUGCCUUCUUUUGGCAUGCUGCCUCCCAUCCUCAUUAUGUCCCGCGUGAGAACAAAGAGACCGGGAAACCUACCACUCUCGCUGGAAGCCUAUGUGCCUCGCCAUCUUGCACAGUCACCCCAACUUCCCUUUCUUCCCUGGUCUUCACUGCUUCUCCGGUCACAGUAAAGCCGCCUGGCGCCGAGUCCUCCAUUAUCGUCUCUUUUGACCCAGUUACCACAAAAUCAUUCCAGCCAGAAACCACCGUACUCGCCAACACUGACACCAAAGGAACCCUCACGCUCGGCAAAGCCACUGUCACAGGUCUUAAAGCAACUGCCACAGCGACAUAUAACCUCUCUCCAACAGAAACAUCCCAAGUGGUCAUAGUCGCCGAAGUCGAAGCCACCACCCAGCUCUACUUCGGCACAUCCGACGACGACGGCGCCGGUGGCUCCUGUCCCAUCGACGGGCCCUUCUCCAGCAAGGAAAGACGUGAUCUUAAUUUCCACCGAUCGCUAAGCAAGCGAAGUGUCCGAAUCGUCGACGUAGAUGACGGCCUCGGCGUCAACCGCGCAGCGCUAUUGCAAAGCAUGAUCGACGAGGCUACAACUGUUCUCCAUGCCGUGGACGCGAGAUUGGACAGCUUUAACGGGAACUACGACGGCAUCACAGACGUUGGAUUUACGAGAUGGUUCCCGAAUACCCAAUUCAAGCGUCUGCACAACAUGGUCAAAGCCGAGCUGCGCGCCCUCACCACCGCCGACACCAACGACCCCCAGAACAUCCUCACCACCUGGACGACGCUCGAAUCGCGCCCGGACACCCGCGACCGCACCUGCCGCAGCGAAAACGGCGCCGAAGGGAUCCAAGCCCAGACCAGCGCGAGCCAGUUGUCCCUACGCCCACAUCCAGGCCAGCCGAAUGGCGAGACGUGUCCCGGGUCGUGGGUCAUCAUCUGCCCGAAGAUCAUCAAGAACUACCAGUCGUUGGCGCUGCCGAAAGACUUCUGCACCAAGAAAACUCUAACACGGAAGACGUUCAACAAGAAGCUGCUCAACGACGCCGAGUAUAACUUCGACAUUGGGAUCGGCAGCGGUGCGAGGGUGGUCAUCCACGAGCUCACGCAUUUCGUGGACGUGUGCGCCGCGGUGGAAGAUUGGGAUCUGGGGGGCGCUGCUAACAAGCCUCCAUCGUGUAAUGUGCAGGGUGACUACACCGAGGAAGUCUACAAAUACAAUGAAUUGCAGCAGCUCAGAGAAUGCUACGAGAACGACCCGACCGCGCAGUGUAACGGGAAGCCGGGAGAUAUGGCGCUGUUCAAUGCCGAGAAUUACACUUUAGCGAUUAUAGAGUGGUACAUUAGGAGCCUAUGCAGUGGCUGGAAUACACCUAAGGAGUAA